ACAAUGUUAUUGUCGGCACGGCACUCGAUAAGAUCUUUUUGCGGAUUUUAUGAUUUAAAUAAUAAUAAAUGUUGUUUAUUCGUCGAAAUACAUUAUUGAGAUAACAUGGAUAAACAAAAACUUGUUCUUUGGUUAAGUGAAACAGCAGUAAGUAGCGAUGAAAGUGAUUCUAGUGAAUGGAGUGAUGUUUGUACUGUAAAACAAGAUGUUUCUGAAGAUGAGGACAUGAGUGAUGCUGAUGAAGAUACUCUCUUUUUUCCUUUAAUGCAAUAUUUAAUAAGACUGAGACGGAAACGAGUAGAUGAUUAUUUACACAUCAUAGACUCAUGGACAGACGCAGAAUUUAAAAAUAGGAUGAGAUUAUCUAGAAAAACUGCAUAUCGGCUCAUUGAUGAACUGGAGAAAUCAGGAUUUAUAGCCUCUCAUAAGUUUGGAUUAAAACCAUUGGAACCUAAGCUUUGCUUCUAUAUAUUUUUAUCUUUUAUUGCAAAUUUAGAACCACUUACUCCAAUCGCAACAAGAUUCGAUAUUUCAAUCUCAUCCACAUUCAGAGUUAUAAGGAGAGUAGUUGCAUGGAUCCUUACAAAAUUAAAUGACGCUAUAAAAUGGCCUCAAACAUUUGAAGAAAUUAGUUACAUUUGUGAUGCAUUUCACAAUAAGACUGGAAUUACCCAUAUGGUAGGAAUAAUUGACUGUACACAUAUUAAAAUAGAGAAACCCAAGAAUGCAAGAGAAUAUUGCAAUCCUAAAGGAUACUUCUCUGUGAUUCUUCAAGCUACAAUAGAUGCAAAUCUUAGAUUUACUAAUGUUUUUUGUGGAGAACCUGGGUCUUCUAAUUGUACUAGAGUUCUCAAGAAGUCACCAUUGUAUAAUACAGCAUCUCAAAACAGAAAUGCUUUAUUCCCACACAAUACUUUCUUAGUUGGACAUUCUAGUUAUCCUUCUUUACCAUGGCUAAUGCCACCAUUUAGAGAAAAUAAAAGAUUAACACCACAACAGAGGGAAUUCAAUUCCUUGCAUUUAUCUACUAGAAAAUUAAGUGAUAAAGCAUUCAGUCUUCUAAAGGGAAGGUUUAGGAGAAUAAAACUAUUUACUGUGUAUAGAAAUAUAGCCUUUAUAACAGAUACCAUUGUAGCUGCAUGUAUUCUACAUAAUUAUUGUGUUGAAGAAAAUGAUCUCUUGGAAGAACAUGAAUAAAUACAAUUUUGGAUUUUCACAA